UCGUCGUCGUCACCGAAGGGAAGCGCGAGGAGGGAGCGGCCGCUGGCGCACGGCUGCAACGACGCCAGGCCGGGCUGGUGGGCAGCGGCAGCGCGACCCGUCACGAUGGCGGGCAGCUGCGGGGACGGGCCCGACGAGCUGCUGAGCCAGGAGACCCUGGAGGCACUGUGGGACAUGCGCGGGGCUGGUCUGCUCUGCGACGGCCUGCUCAAGACCUCGGAUGGCGGCGAGUUCCCCGUGCACAGGGUGGUCAUGGCCAGCUGCAGCGAGUAUUUCAGGGCACUUUUCGGGAGCCCCCUGAACAAGGUUCCGCGCACAGAGGUCUUGGUGCCCGGAGUGUCCAAGGCGACUAUGGCCAUCAUCGUGGAGUUCGCGUACAAGCGUGUCACGUGGGUGGGCUGCGACAACGUCGAGAGCCUUCUGGAGGCGGCCGACUACCUCUGCGUCAUGGGCAUGGUCAAGGACUGCUGCGACUUCCUGCUUUCCAUCAUGGCGCCCGAGAACUGUAUCUCCAUCCACAACGUGGCCAAGCUGUACAACUGUUUCGACCUCACCGCCAAGGCAUAUAACUACUUGAUGCAGCACUUCAUCGAAGUGUCGAAGCGCAGCGAGGAGCUGCUCAGCCUGGAGAUCGACGAAGUGGAGGCCAUCCUCUCCGACGAGAACCUGAACGUCAUCAAGGAGGAGACCGUGUGGAAAGCGGUGGUGCGCUGGAUCGAGUUCGAUCCCGCCAACCGGCAGCAGCACAUUGCCCGGCUGCUCCGAUGUGUGCGCACGGGCCUUGUGGACACGAACUUCUUCGUGGAGAAGAUCAAGUCGCACAAGUUCGUCUCGGACAACGAGUCCUGCAGGCCUAUGGUAAUCGACACGCUGCGGUUUCUGUACGACCUGGACGUGGUGGUGCACAACGACGAAGUGCCAACGCCCAUGUUCGCGCGACCACGCAUACCGCACGAGGUGAUGUUCGUCAUCGGCGGCUGGAUGGCGGGAGGACCCACUGCCUACAUCGAGAGCUACGACACCAAGGCCGACAGGUGGAUCAAGGUCGAGGCCGUGGAUCCCGAGGGUCCCCGGGCGUACCACAAGUGCGCGGCCAUCGGCAACGACAUCUAUGUCAUCGGGGGCUUCAACGGCGAGGACUACUUCAGCAGCGUGCGAUGCUUCAAUGCGCACACAAAGAAAUGGCGGUCUGUCACACCGAUGCACGUUAAGAGGUGUUAUGUGAGCGUGGCAGUGCUGAAUGAGAUAAUCUACGCCAUGGGCGGAUACGACGGUCGUCACAGGCAAAACACAGCAGAGAAGUUCGACCACCGCACAAACCAGUGGACGAUGAUCGCGCCCAUGAACAUGCAACGUAGCGACGCGUGCGCCGCCUCGCACGACGGCUACGUGUACGUGACUGGCGGAUUCAGCGGCAGCGAGUGCCUGAGCUCGGCCGAGCGCUACGACCCGACGGCCGACCAGUGGACCACGAUUUCGGGCAUGCGGUUUCGGCGCAGCGGGGUCGGCUGCAUAGGCUUUCGCAACUGCGUCUAUGCGAUCGGUGGCUUCAACGGGACCACCAGGCUGGCCUCGGCCGAGAAGUACAAUCCGGAGACCAACAUGUGGACCAGUCUGCCCAACAUGUACACGCCCAGAAGCAACUUCGCCGUGGCCAUAAUCGACAACCUGGUGUUCGCCAUCGGCGGCUUCAACGGCGAGAGCACCACCAACCUCGCCGAGUGCUACGACCCGACCACGGACCAGUGGUACGAGGCCACGGACAUGAACGAGUCUCGCUCCGCGCUUGCCGCUUGCGUCAUUUCCGGCCUGCCCAACAUCCGCGACUACGUCCACCAGCGCCGCGACAACCUGAUGGAGGAGAAGCGGCAGAAGAUGCUCGACAUCCUCAAGCACCGAACGCGUCACGUGAACCGUGACGACAAGAAUGCGUAGAAGAAAAAGAUGAAGAAAAAACAGAAAUUCAGAGACGGACGGAGGUUGAGAACUCACGCCUACCGCUCCCCUCCUCGUAGCCACCAGCUUGUUCCGUUGGUGCGAAGACACUUACGCGUUAGUUACGCGUUGCUUUUAGUGACGUAACUUGCGGAUGCCAUUUCUCCGGUGGGGCUGAAAACUUGGACGUCGAUUGAAUAUGACGUUUAUAACUCCCGCCGGUGCACGGUAGACGAAAUUAGCAUUUAUUCAAAUUAUAUAUGUAGAAAGAGACGUGUCGGAUUCCGUAGCGAUUUCAUGAUGAUGAAAUUAAAGCGUUUUGACAAUCGA